GUGAUUUCUUUCAUUUUCCUCCCUCCUUUUUCUUGCGUGUCAAGUCCCCCAUUCACCUAAAUCACUCUCCUCUCCCUAAUCAAACCCUAACAAAUCCCCCAGAAUCCCAAAUCCUCCAAAUUCCAAAAUCCCAACCCAUUCCGCAUUAGAACUCGCAUACCUCACGAUGAAGCAAACACACACAGUUUGAAUCGCUUUCGGAUUCCGUUUUCUAAUUUUGAUCGCGAGGGAGAUGUGAUUCGAUUCUAGGGUUUUCGCGAAGGAGAUGGUCAGAGAUGAGUCGCGGAGGAGAGGGAGAAGCUUUGGCGGACGCGCAGGCGGUGGUGGCGGUGAAGAAGAAGUCGUCUCGGAGCUGGGUGUUGCUGGACGCGACGGGACAGGCGACGGUGCUCGAUGUCGACAAGUAUGCUAUCAUGCAUAGGGUUCACAUUCACGCCAGGGACCUUCGCAUUGUCGAUCCUCUGCUCUCUUAUCCUUCCGCCAUUCUCGGCCGUGACAGGGCCAUUGUUCUCAAUCUGGAGCAUAUUAAAGCUAUAAUUACUGCUGAGGAGGUGCUGCUGCGGGAUCCGUUGGAUGAAAAUGUUAUACCUGUUGUGGAAGAGCUUCAAAGACGGUUGCCGCCUGGGAAUUACAUUCGUGAAAAUCAAACGGAUGGGAAAGAGUUCCCUGCUGGGCAAAAUGAUGUUGAUGCAGGCGAAGAAGAUGAGUCUCCAUUUGAAUUCCGGGCCUUGGAGGUAGCAUUGGAAGCAAUUUGUAGUUUUCUUGCUGCACGUACGACAGAACUGGAGACUGCUGCUUAUCCGGCUCUAGAUGAGCUUACCUCUAAGAUUAGUAGCCGCAAUUUGGAUAGGGUUCGUAAACUGAAAAGUGCAAUGACGAGGUUGACUGCACGGGUACAAAAGGUGAGGGAUGAGCUGGAGCAGCUGCUGGAUGAUGAUGAUGAUAUGGCCGACCUUUACUUGUCAAGAAAGUUGGCAGGUGCAUGUUCACCGGUUAGUGCCUCUGGUCCUGCCGGUUGGUAUCCUGCCUCCCCUACCAUAGGCUCAAAAAUAUCACGGGCAAGUAGAGCAAGUAUUCUAACUGUCCGUGGAGAUGAGAAUGACGUUGAGGAACUUGAAAUGUUACUUGAGGCUUACUUUAUGCAGAUUGAUGGCACCUUGAACAAGUUAGCUACGCUGCGUGAAUAUAUUGAUGAUACAGAGGAUUACAUAAAUAUUCAGCUUGAUAACCACAGGAAUCAGUUAAUUCAGCUUGAGCUUUUUCUUAGUUCUGGAACUGUUAGUUUAUCCAUAUAUUCUUUGGUGGGUGGAAUUUUCGGCAUGAAUAUCCCAUAUACGUGGAACGAGGGUCAUGGAUACAUGUUUAAAUGGGUUUGCAUUGUCACAGGAAUAGUAUGUUUCUUUGUUUUCAUAGUAAUUGUAGCAUACGCUCGCCACAAAGGGUUGGUUGGAUCGUGAACUUGGUAAAUAAAGUUUUUGCUGAUAGCAAGGAGUUCGAGAUUUAUUGAUUUAGGUCUUGUCAUGUGGAUGAACACAAAAUUGGGUGUCAAGGCUUUCAGGUAAUGAAGGAACUAUAAUCUCUUGCUGAGUUUUGGUGAUUUAGUACUGCCCGUAAUGGCUUCUGUGGUUAACAAGGCUAAGUCUGACUAUGGGAAUUUUAGAUUAGAAAUCCCAAGGAUGUGCAAUUUCGUUGAUUGUUGACAACCUUAUUAACAAGAUUCACCUCGCCAGUACUGGCUGUAAAACAUUUUUUUUUUAUUUUAGUCCAUAGUUUUUGUUCUGGUUACACAUGUAUUUGUUCUAACAAGUAUAUUCUUUGAAUCACCUGUCAUAUCGGUUGCCGCC